AUGGCAAAACAGGACUCCCCACUGUUCCUCCACGGCUUUGACCUGGGGGGACACUUCAUAGACCCCCGGCCCCUGGGCAGCGGGGCCACUGGUCUGGUUCUGUCCGCUGUGGACAAGCGCAGCGGACAGCGGGUGGCUGUGAAGAAGCUGGUGAUGCGUGACGCGGUCAGCGUGAAGCAUGCCUUGCGGGAGGUCAAGAUCACACGACGUCUGCAGCAUGAGAACGUGGUGCGCGUGCACGAGGUUCUGGGCCCUUACGGCCACCCGCUGCCUCGCGACCCGGCCCAGCUGAGUGCCCUGUACAUCGUCCAGGAGUGCAUGGAGACGGACCUAGCUCAGCUGCUAGAGCAGGGACCACUUCCUGGUGGGCACGCCAUUUUGCUCUUCUACCAGCUCCUACGAGGCCUCAAGUUCAUCCACUCAGCAAAUGUGCUGCACCGCGACCUCAAACCAGCCAACGUGUUCCUCAACACAGACCAGCUACUGCUCAAGAUCGGAGACUUUGGCCUUGCCCGAAUCGUCGACCCACACUACUCCCAUAAGGUGAGACUACAGUGGGCUGCCAUUAGAAGGGAAUAGCUAGCCCGGGGUCUGUAUUCAUAAAGCUUCAUAAAGCCUCUCAGACUAGGGCUGAUUUAGGAUCAGGUCCCCCCUGUCCAUGUCAUCUUAUUCAUUAUUACCUGAAAGCAAAACUGAUCCUAGUCCAGCACUCCUAAUCCAAGACGCUUCAUGAAUCAGGGCCCAGGGGUUUUUCCUAACCAUGUGACCUGAGCAGAAAAGGCUCCUGGCCUCUAGUCCUAGGGAAAAGCUCCUCGCCCUACAUGUAAGUGGAAGACAUAAAAGAUGAGGAUACCACUGGCUGGUUUAAGACAGCAGGAUGUCUGCACUGAGAGAAGGAUGAGUGGCGCAGUGGUCUAAGGCACUGCAUCGCAGUGCUAACUGUGCCACUAGAGAUCCUGGUUCGAAUCCAGGCUCUGUUGCAGCCGGCCGCGACCGGGAGACUCAUGGGCGGCGCACAAUUGGCCCAGCGUCGUCCAGGGUAGGGGAGGGAAUGGCCGGCAGGGAUGUAGCUCAGUUGAUAGAGCAUGGCGUUUGCAAUGCCAGGGUUGUGGGUUCAAUUCCCUCGGGGGGCCAGUAUAAAAAAAAUAUGUAUUCACUAACUGUAAGUCGCUCUGGAUAAGAGCGUCUGCUAAAUGACUAAAAUGUAAAUGUAAAUGUUCUGUAUUAAGAUGGGAGUUCACAGCUUGUCUACUGUAAGAUUGCUUUAAGGACUAGUGCAGUGUCCUUUCAUAAAAAAUAAUUAUAAUUACAGUGGGGCUUGUGUGUGAGUGACAAAGCCAGGCUCUGAUGGCGAGCAAAAUACUGUAUCUAGAAAAUAUUGUAAUUCACUGUCAGGUCUGUUAUAGCCAGUGCUGCUGGAGUUGAGCCUCUUCUUUCCUUUUUCAUUGCACUUCAAAGACCGAUUUUAGAAAUCAAACAAUAAGGUUUCCUUGCUCAGUUUGUUUGUAUUUGCAGUUGUGGCACACAUCUCAAAAGCAGAAACUGCUGUGAGGCUGAAACCUGAGCAAAAUUAGCAUUACCUUUACGUUUCACAACAAACGUACUUAAUACCCAAACGAUACAGCAUUCACCCAUAUUAAGAUGCCUCUUUGAGCGUGUUUUUGUGUGGUCGUGGUGCAUGUAUGAACAUAUCCUUGCACCAAGUCUGUUGGCUCCUGUAGACUGAUGAUUAUCUCCUUUGAAUUGUUGGAAAUUAGUGCAUUAGCAUUCGUCUAUAGCUAGUGCUAAAGCAGAGCUUUCAUAACCUUGUCCAAACAUGUCCUGUUAAGUUACAAAUUAAUAAUAUUAUAAUUGGCGGGUGCUUAUAUGUAUCCUAUUUAUCCAUGUACAAGUGUGUGUUAUACAAAUGUGUGAAUUGGAAAUAUAUAUAUUUUUGCAUAUCCCACUCCCCCUAGAGUGGGUUCACAGCCAGUGUCAGCCAUUAUCAACGGCAACCCUGGGGCAAUUAGGGUUAAGUGCCUUUCUCAAGGGCACAUCAACAGAUUUUUUACCUUGUUGGCUGGGGGAUUCAAACUAGUGACCUUUCAGUUGCUUGCCCAACGCUCUUAACCACUAGGCUACCUGCUGCCCCAAGUUGAACGAUUACCCUGUCCGUUUUUUGUUUUUUUUGUGGAUUAGGCUCUGAGAGAUUAAUCUGACAGUCGACUUCUCUGCUGUGCUGCUUUAUUGUUGUGGUGGAACACAGUGUGUAGCACCAGAAGGCCCAGUGAAGGGGAGCAUUGUCCUGGCCGGGCCCAGGCCCAGAGAUCUGAGCACGGGGCAGCAGGGUGCAGACAGGGAAAAGAGAUGAAUCAGGCUGUGAGCAGGACAGGAAUAACAGACUGGCCAAGAGUGUAGCCAGAAUAACAAUGGGGAAUGCUGUGUUCUGGGAUGGUGAAAUCAAACAAAAAGCUUCUCUGCUGCUCUUAUGCAGUGGAGUGUGAGACGGGCCAGCUACAGAGCAUUCUGUGUCUCGCCCCCGUCUGGCCCCGGCCUCCCGGAACCUCACUCAUCAUCAGAGUAUGUGUGUAUGGCAUCUGGGUGCCAUGUGUCAGAGGAACGUUGGCGGGAGCUGAGUUUUACUUCAGACCUCAAAGCCUACGUCAGGUUUUAUGCCCUUUCAAUAUGGACGUUGAAGUAAAAUAAUUUACCCGGGGCCAUUCCUUUUAGGAACCAGGAAAAUGCCUGUUAGAUUCUCUCCCUCUUACAUUCAGCCUGCCCUCUCUCCCUCAUGACAGAACAACGUCUAUUCACACAGCUACUCCUCAGUCCAGACAGCCCUGUACAGAGUGUGUACCUAGCUACUGUACUGAAUGUUUAGUACUAAACUCCUCUAACAGGCCUGUGUUGAUUCAGAGAGGAGAGAAAUACAGAGUGUGUCCGAAAUGGAACCAUAUUCCCUUUAUAGUGCACUAGUGCUGCACCACUAUUCCCUAGUGCACUACUUUUGACUAGAGAUUAUAUGGCUCUGGUCAAAUGUAGUGCACUAUAUAGGGAAUUCGAUGCCAUUUCAGACACAAUUAUAGUGUCUACCAGAAAGCUCUGGUUCUCCACAUGCCACGCCAUGCCACGCCAGCCGUGAGGGAGGCUGGGAUGGUUCUUGCUUGGCAGUGAGGUGGAGUAGGAGAAAAUGCUUGAUAGUGCCACGAUCAAGAGAACGUUUAAUCCAAAAAUAGACUUGCAAAGAACAGCAGACACAACGAUGACAAGACGACAGGAAUUUGUCAUCAGCCUCAAAUCUAGAGAGGUAUUUGACAGGUGACACAUCCAAUUGAAUUGCUCAUAUCAUUUGAAGUCACUUGUGGGCUUGUCUCACAAGUGAAAGUAAGCCUGUCAGUCUGUGGCAGAGGGUUGGCAAUAAGCAUUACAACUGUUGUCAUCAGCCCUCCUGAUCUCUCAUCAAUGGAAAUGUACAGUGGCUUGCGAAAGUAUUCACCCCUCUUGGCAUUUUUCCUAUUUUGUUACCUUACAACCUGGAAUUAAAAUGGAUUUUGGGGGGGUUUGUGUCAUUUGAUUUAUACAACAUGCCUACCACUUUGAAGAAGCCACUGCUCCAAAACCACCAUAAAAAAGCCAGACUACGGUUUGCAACUGCACAUGGGGACAAAGAUCGUACUUUUUGGAGAAAUGUCCUCUGGUCUGAUGAAACAAAAAUAGAACUGUUUGGCCAUAAUGACCAUCGUUAUGUUUGGAGGAAAAAGGGAGCUUCUUGCAAGCCGAAGAACACCAUCCCCACCGUGAAGCACAGGGGUGGCAGCAUCAUGCUAUGGGGGUGCUUUGCUGCAGGAGGGACUGGUGCACUUCACAAAUUAGAUGGCAUCAUGAGGAACGAAAGUUAUGUUGAUAUAUUGAAGCAACAUCUCAAGACGUCAGUCAGGAAGUUAAAGCAUGGUCGCAAAUGGUUCUUCCAAAUGGACAAUGACCCCAAGCAUACUUCCAAAGUUGUGGCAAAAUGGCUUAAGGACAACAAAGGCAAGUUAUUGGAGUGGCCAUCACAAAGCCCUGACCUCAAUCCUAUAGAAAAUUUGUGGGCAGAACUGAAAAAGCGUGGAGGCCUACAAACCUGACUCAGUUACACCAGCUCUGUCAGGAGGAAUGGGCCAAAAUUCACCCAACUUAUUGUGGGAAGCUUGUGGAAGGCUAUUUGGCUAAGGUGUAUGUAAACUUCCAACUUCAACUGUAUACUGAGAUCAUGUGACAGAUCAUGUGACAUUUAGAUUGCACACAGGUGGACUUUAUUUAACUAAUUAUGUGACUUCUGAAGGUAGUUGGUUGUACCAGAUCUUAUUUAGGGGCUUCAUAGCAAAGUGGGUGAAUAAAUAUGCACGCACCACUUUUCCGUUAUUUAUUUUCAUUUCACUUCAACAAUUUGGACUAUGUCCAUUACAUUACAGGUUGUAAUGCAACAAAACAGGAAAAACGCCAAGGGGGAUGAAUACUUUUGCAAGGCACUGUACCAUUCUUUUGCCAGUGUUGGCAUUAUGACAGAAGCUUUGAUUGAAGUGCUAAAGACACCUAAUAACGCCUCCUUACUGUCUAAAGACUCAAUAAAAAAUAUAGACAUUAGAUACGUCCUAAAUGGCAUCGUAUUCCCCUUAUAAGUGCUCUAUUUCUGACCAGAACCCGAUGGGCCCUUGUCAAAAGCAGUGCACUAUAAAGGGAACACAGUGCCAUUUGGGAUGCAACCAUGCAGCUGUCAUUGUAAAUCUGACUCAGCCUUUGGAAUCAUCAGUGACUGACUAAACUGUGCUUUUGGAUGAUAAGCAGAGAUUUGACAGAUUGCUUAAUCAGAGGAGGCCCAUCUGAAUCUCUACCUGCUGAGCCAACCCUGUCAAACUCCACAAAUUAUUAAUCACCUGGAGAGUCACGGAGAGGGGGAGCGGGACGGGGGAAAAGGAGGGAGGUAGGGGUGAAAUGAAGGAGUUGGGGAGAGGGUAGGAGGUGAGAAAGGUGAGAAGGAAGGAAGGAAGGAGGGAGGGAGGGUGAGGGAGAGAGGGAGGGAUGGGUGAAAUGAAGGAGAGUUGGGGAGAGGGGGAUGUAGGGACGCUUUAAGGCUGUCUCAGCUGCUUCUCAUCAAACAUUGAACAGUGCUCCGUCACACAUUGAACAGUGCUCCGUCACACAUUGAACAGUGCUCCGUCACACAUUGAACAGUGCUCUGUCAUACAUUGAACAGUGCUCCGUCACACAUUGAACAGUGCUCCGUCACACAUUGAACAGUGCUCCGUCACACAUUGAACAGUGCUCCGUCACACAUUGAACAGUGCUCCGUCACACAUUGAACAGUGCUCCGUCACACAUUGAACAGUGCUCCGUCACACAUUGAACAGUGCUCCGUCAUCCAUUGGCAGAGAGUGGAGGGGAAGGACAGAGAGGACAGGUCAAUGCUUGCCUUGCACUGGGGUUGUGCAGGUUGUGACAUGCAUUAAAUGCAUUCAAUUCAAGAGCCUGCAGAGGUCGCUUGCUGUGAAUGUAUUGUCACAAACCAGAGUGGCUGUGUUUUCAUAAUCUCUCGCUGUCUCUUGAUAGGUGUGUGUGUGUGUGUGUGUGUGUGUGUGUAUGUGUGUGUGUGUUUGUGUGUAUGUGUAUGUAUGUUAUAAAUUAAAAAGUCAAAGGGAGCUGCUCUAACGAGAUGAAACCAGUAUGUCGCUAGGCAGAACAGCGUUAGAGGACCACAUCAAAGGAGGAAGGAGCAGUAAUUGGAUAAUAAAUGAUGACAGAAAAGGCUUUUUCUCUGACCUUCUCUUCCACCAUACUUAGAUAUAUUUAUAGAACCAUUGUAGCUGACCUGAAAAAGUAUACUGUCGUCUAUACACUCUUAGAAAAAAGGGUUCCAAAAGGGUUCUUUGCGGAGGAAUAGGGUUCUACCAAGAACUGUUUUGAUCAGAAGAACCCUUUUUGGAAGACAAGGGUUCUUUGUAAGUCAAAGGGUUCUACCUAGAACCUUUAACAUCCUAAGAACCGUUUUUGGAAGAAAGGGUUCUUUGAUGAUUCUUUGGAAGGCAAGAAGGGUUCUACAUAGAACCAUAUCUAAUAUUUCCCAGCAUGCUCUAUUGCAGGGAGAUUUUCAGAAUUGUUUGUUUUACUGUAAUAUCUGUGUUUUUGCAUGUACAUUGAUUGGUUGAUGAAUGUUAUGCUACACAAAGUAACAAAUCCAAUCUGUUAGUAAUUGGAUUUAAUACACCUGUUACUGAGAUGGUUGUUCCAGUUUAGAUGAUUGAGGUAGUCUCAAUAUUCAAUCUUCCCUACCCUGGCAGUCAUUCUGAAUGCAAGUGGUGGGUGAUUACCAAUUCCAGUGUUGGAUAUCCUAACUCCAAUAGGAAUUACACAUCACCAAUUCGUAAGUCGCUCUGGAUAAGAGUGUCUGCUAAAUGAUGUAAAUGUAAAAUGUAAAUGUUCUACCCAGCACCAAAAAGGGUUCCCCUAUGGGGACAAACCGAAGAACCCUGUAUGGUUCUACCUAGCACCUUUUUGUCUAAGAGUGUACCUGUAAUGAGUGAGUGUGAAGAGUUGGUGGAAAGCUGUACAAAAGCCAUCAAGACACCUUAGAGAAUGAGCCAUCAAGACACCUUAGCGAAUGAGCCAUCAAGACACCUUAGAGAAUGAGCCUUCAAGACACCUUAGAGAAUGAGCCAUCAAGACACUUUAGAGAAUGAGCCAUCAAGACACCUUAGAGAAUGAGCCAUCAAGACACCUUAGAGAAUGAGCCAUCAAGACACCUUAGCGAAUGAGCCAUCAAGACACCUUAGAGAAUGAGCCAUCAAGACACCUUAGCGAAUGAGCCAUCAAGACAAAAUAGUACAAGCACAACAUCACUAUUAAUCAUAAAACACAUCAAGUUUAUUUGAAAAUUCUAAAGAAAAAGAACACACAAACACACAAUGCCUCAGUGAUUAACAGAACUGUUUCACAGAUCACAGAACUAUAUCAGGGUGUCAUUUCUCAGGCAGAAAUGUAGAUAAAAAUAAUGAAAUCCUGUUCCCCAAACAAGUGCAAGAACCACAGAGUCAAGAAUAGGUUAAAUAUACAAAUAAAAUAAAAUCAAUUAAAAACAAUAGCACAUCAACAUAAAAACAUAUAAACAUAAAGCUGGAGCCUGAGGACAGUGUCCAAAAGCACAACAUCACUAUUAAUCAUAAAACACCUCAAGUUAUUUGAAAGUUCUAAGGACAAAGAACACACAAACACACAAUGCCUCAGUGAUUAACAGAACUGUUUCACAGAUCACAGAACUAUAUCAGGGUGUCAUUUCUCAGGCAGAAAUGUAGAUACAAAUAAUGAAAUCCUGUUCCCCAAACAAGUGCAAGAACCACAGAGUCAAGAAUAGGUUAAAUAUACAAAUAAAAUAAAAUCAAUUAAAAACAAUAGUACAUCAACAUAAAAACAUAUAAACAUAAAGCUGGAGCCUGAGGACAGUGUCCAAAAGCACAACAUCACUAUUAAUCAUAAAACACCUCAAGUUAUUUGAAAGUUCUGAGGACAAAGAACACACAAACACACAAUGCCUCAGUGAUUGACAGAACUGUUUCACAGAUCACAGAACUAUAUCAGGGUGUCAUUUCUCAGGCAGAAAUGUAGAUAAAAAUAAUGAAAUCCUGUUCCCCAAACAAGUGCAAGAACCACAGAGUCAAGAAUAGGUUAAAUAUACAAAUAAAAUAAAAUCAAUUAAAAACAAUAGCACAUCAACAUAAAAACAUAUAAACAUAAAGCUGGAGCCUGAGGACAGUGUCCAAAAGCACAACAUCACUAUUAAUCAUAAAACACCUCAAGUUAUUUGAAAGUUCUGAGGACAAAGAACACACAAACACACAAUGCUUCAGUGAUUCACAGAAGUAUAUCACAGAUCACAGAACUAUAUCAGGGUGUCAUUUCUCAGGCAGAAAUGUAGAUACAAAUAAUGAAAUCCUGUUCCCCAAACAAGUGCAAGAACCACAGAGUCAAUAAUAGGUUAAAUAUACAAAUAAAAUAAAAACAAUUAAAAACAAUAGCACAUCAACAUAAAAACAUAUAAACAUAAAUCUGAAAGCGUUGCUCAAACUCCCGUAACAGUCCCGUUAUUUUAUCUUUGAACCGCUUCAUGUCUGCCACAUGUUGGGUCGCGCACACAUUUUUCAGACAGGGGAAGUGAGCUGCAUCACCACCGGCAAGUUGCGUCUCCCACAAUGACAGCUUCAACUUGAAAGAACGUAUGCUGUCAUAAUCCUGCGUGACAACUUUGUUGCGCCCUUGCAGCUGUUUGUUCAAGUUAUUCAGGUGCUCUGUAACAUCCACCAUAAAUGCAAGGUCCUGCAUCCAUUCUGCGGAAUGAAAUUCUAACACUGGUUUGCCCUUUUCUUCCAUGAACUGUUCAAUUUCUUCUCGUAAAUCAAAGAAACGCCUCAGCACAGCACCUCGGCUUAACCAUCUUACCUCAGUGUGGUAUGGCAGGCCAUAGAUGUGGUCUUUCUCUCUGAGAAGGCUGUCAAACUGACGGUGAUUCAGGCUUCUGGAUCGGAUGAAAUUAACAGUUUGGAUGACCACCUUCAUGACGUUAUCCAUCUUUAAUGACUUGCAACACAAAGCCUCCUGGUGCAAAAUACAGUGAAAAGUCAAAAAAUCACGUCCUCCAUUUGCAGAUUGCACUUUCUCUCUGAACUUUGUCACAACGCCUGCUUUUUUCCCGAUCAAUGAGGGCGCACCAUCUGUAGCCAGGCUGACAGCGCGGGACCAGUCCACUCCGACCCUGUCCAGCGCGCCGACGAGUGCGGUAAAAAUAUCAGCUGCUGUCGUUGUAUCUGUCAUCGGCACCAACUCCACGAACUCCUCGGUGACGGUCAAUGUGUCAUCAACUCCGCGGAUGAAAAUGGCCAGUUGUGCAACAUCUGUAAUGUCCGUGCUUUCAUCAAUUGCAACCGAAAACACAAUAAAUGACUUUACUUUUUGCUUCAACUGGCUGUCCAAAUCCACUGAAAGAUCGGAAAUCCUGUCUGCAACUGUGUUUCUUGUCAGGCUGAUAUUUGCAAAAGCCUGCCGCUUUUCAGGGCACACAAUCUCCGCUGCCUUCAUCAUGCAUGUUUUUACAAAUUCACCCUCACUAAAUGGUUUUGAAGCCACUGCGAUUUCAUUAGCAAUGAGGUAGCUAGCUUUCACUGCAGCGUCACUGAUGUCUCGGCUGUGAGUAAACACAGACUGCUGUUUCUUCAGACCCGCCAACAGUUCAUUCACCUUCUCUCAUCUCCGCUGUCCUUGAAAGUUGUCAUAUUUGUCGGCAUGAAGACUCACAUAGUGGCGACGAAGGUUAUAUUCUUUCAGCACUGCAACAUGCUCUGAACACACCAAACAUACAGCUUUCCCAUUCAAUUCCGUGAAUAAAUAGGAUGACCAUUUUUCUUGGAACACUCUGCACUCUGCAUCCACUUUUCUCUUUUUUGACAGAGACAUAUUGGGGCAAUGAGGGUGCCAAAGCACAUAAUGUUAAAAGUAGAAGCCGUAAUAAAUAUCGCGGGCAAAACAAAGUAGCUCAUUGGCUGCACGUGCUUGACCUACUUGCUCUGCCCCGGUAUAAACAGUUUGCUUGCUUAACACAAUUGCUAUUGCGCCAUCCAGUGGACGCAAUUGGAACAGCAGUUUAUUUUAUUGAAAAAUUGCAGCGCAUUUUUAUACUUUACAAAAUUAUUAUUAAAUUUUUAUUUAUUUUUUUCAAAAUCAUCUCGCGGGCCGGAUUAAACCCGUUUGCGGGCCUGAUCCGGCCCGCGGUCCGGACGUUUGACACCCCUGCCUUAGAGAAUGAGCCAUCAAGACACCUUAGAGAAUGAGCCAUCAAGACGCCUUAGACAAUGAGCCAUCAAGACACUUUAGAGAAUGAGCCAUCAAGACACCUUAGCGAAUGAGCCAGGAAAAUGUACAUAGGUGUUCAUUUCCUUGUCAUGCUUACUUACCCUGUGUGUGCUGUUGUCUGUGUGUAUUGGCCAGGGCUACCUGUCCGAGGGCUUGGUGACCAAAUGGUACCGGUCUCCGCGCCUGCUGCUCUCCCCUAACAACUACACCAAGGCCAUCGAUAUGUGGGCAGCUGGCUGCAUCCUCGCAGAGAUGCUAACAGGACGCAUGCUCUUUGCAGGUAGGAGUCUGUUGAGGUGGAGAGGUGUGGAUAUGAAUAGGAUAUGAGUCAUAUGGAUUGAAUGAUUCAUGAUUCGGAUAAACUGAGGGUAUUGCCCGUUAGUUUUUAUGCUGUUGGGCAGUACAGUCUUUUUUGUCUAACCAGUUGGUAGAGCAUGGCGCUUGCAACGCCAGGGUUGUGGGUUCGAUUCCCACGGGGGGCCAGUAUGAACAUUUUUUAUGCACUAACUAACUGUAAGUCGCUCUGGAUAAGAGCGUCUGCUAAAUGAUGUAAAUGUAAAUGUUUUAAGUUUUUUGCAUAAUACAGAAAUUGCCAUUUGCCUGUCUGUCUGUUCUCUAUCCGACCACAGCUCAAUAAGAGUAGUUGUUAAAAAAGCUAAAUGAUCCAAGACAUGGGCUGUUUCCCAAAUGGACCUCUAUUCCCUAUAUAGUGCCCUACAUUUGACCAGAGCCCAUUGGCAGAGGGGGACAGGGAACACAGUGCAACGGAAAUAUUCAGACCCCUGACUUUUUCCAACUUUUAAACAGCCUUAUUCUAAAAUUGAUUAAAUACCCCCCCCCCCCCCCCCCCCCCCCCACCCCCCCCCCCCCCCCCCCCCCCCCCCCCCCCUUAUCAAUCUACACAUAAUACCCCAUAAUGACAAAGCAAAAACAGGUUUUUAAAAUGUUUGCAAAUGCAUAAAAUAAAAAAAAUCGGAAAUAUCACAUUUACUCAGUACUUUGUUGAAGCACCUUUGGCAGAGAUUACAGCCUCGAGUCUUCUUGGGUAUGACGCUACAAGCUUGGCACAACUGUAUUUGGGGAGUUUCUCCCAUUCUUCUCUGCAGAUCUUAUCAAGCUCUGUCAGGUUGGAUGGGGAGCGUCGCUGCACAGCUAUUUUCAGGUCUCUCCAGAGAUGUUAGAUCGGUUGAAGUCCGGGCUCUGGCUGGGCCACUCAAGGACAUUCAGGGACUUGUCCCGAAGCCACUCCUGCGUUGUCUUGGCUGUGUGCUUAGGGUCAUUGUCCUGUUGGAAGGUGAACCUUCACCCCAGUCUGAGGUGCUGAGUGCUCUGAAGCAGGUUUUCUUCAAGGAUCUCUCUGUACUUUGCUCCGUUCAUCUUUCCCUCGAUCCUGACUAGUCUCCCAGUCCCUGCCGCUGAAAAACAUCCCCACAGCAUGAUGCUGCAACCAACAUUCUUCACCGUAGGGAUGGUGCCAGGUUUCCUCCAGACUUGACUCUUGGCAUUCAGGCCAAAUAGAAAACAAAUAUUUAAUCAAUUUUAGAAUAAGGCUUUAACGUAACAAAAUGUGGAAAAAGGGAAGGGGUCUGAAUACUUUCCGAAUGCACUGUAUAUAGGGGAUAGUGUACCAUUUGGUACGUAGCCAUUUGGUACGUAUACAUGAUAUGAUAUAUUAUUGUCUCGCUGUGACAGUGUUGUUAUAGCUCCCCCUGCUGUUAUAAUUACACUGGCUGAAAUCGUGAGAAAAAAAUAUAUAAUUUGGAGACUUAAACAGAAGCAAAACAGAACAAAAAUAUAGCUGCAAGCAGCCAUGGUGGGGUUCAAGCCCUAUAACACCACAGUGCCACCAUCAGGACAAAUAAGUCUAAUUUCCCUAGGAUUAGCUACUUCUGUACUCCUUAUUAUGCUUGCCAAAUAUCAGAACUCAAACUCAAACACAUUAUGCGUUUGUUGGAUAUUGGACCAUUUUGAUGAUGUUCACUAGGCUUUGUGUCAUUCUCUAAUAAUAAUUUGGUCAUGUGACACAUGCUUUUAUCCAGACCUACUUACUGUAGACACAUAUUUCGUGUGUGGUCCCAUCUGUAAAUUCAACUUAUGACCUUGUCACUAGCCUGCUCGUUAGUCAUGAGAGUGUACAACUUUUAUUUUCCCAGUAGCCUGCUCCAACCAUCUUAAUACCCGUCUUUAAAAAGUCACUACUUCUAGUACUACGUUAUCCUCAAACUUUCAACACUAGCCUUUAACAAUUUGAACUUCUGAACUUCUUCCACAAGGCACAUCAUUUUUCUUCAGGAAAAUGACUUUUUCUAGUUUUAGAAUCAUGAUGCUUCUUUACUUCCUGGUUCCUCCUGGCUUCCUGCCUGGUUCCUCCUUGCUUCCUGCCUGGUUCCUCCUCGCUGCUCUCUAUGCAGGAGCCCAUGAGCUGGAGCAGAUGCAGCUGAUCCUGUACACGGUGCCUGUGUUGAGGGAAGAGGACCAUCACGACCUCCGGCAGGUCAUGCCCUCCUACGUCAGCCAUGGUUGGAGGGUCAGGAGGUCCUUCAGAGAGCUACUACCUGAAGCGGAUGCAGACGGUGAGAGGGAUGGGGGGAAGGGAGAGCAGUGAAAACUUUUAAUGCCUUCUAUACUAUACCUCCCUGAAAGGAUAACUGGUUUCUGUUAAAAUUUGUAGUCACUAAAAAUAACAAGCACGUGUCUAACUAAUGUAUUGUCUUAAGUUCAUAAAAUGUCUUAUAUUCAUAAAAUAUCGAUUUCCUGAUGCUCUAUGACCUUACUUGCAGCCAGGUACUGUAUAUGCCCACAUCAUUUGAAAGCCUUUUAUUUUCUCCGUUCCUGUCUCUUUCUCCACUAGCCAUAGACUUCCUGGAGCGUAUCCUGACCUUUAACCCCAUGGACCGGCUGACGGCAGAGGCGGCCCUGUCCCAUCCCUUCCUGCAGCAGUACUCGUGUCCCCAGGACGAGCCCAUGUCACCCCAGCCCUUCCGCAUAGAGGACGAGCUAGAUGAUAGCCUGGUCACGGAGCCCGGCCACAGCCACAGCCACAGCCACAGCCACAGCCACAGCCACAGCCACAGCCACAGCCACAGCCACAGCCACAGCCACAGCCACAGCCAGGCCUCCAGUUCUCACUGGGACAGGUGUGUGUCUAGCCUGGUCCCAUAUCUGUUUGUGCUAUCAUGUCAACUAGUGACAAGGAGUUGACAUGAUAGGAAAAACUAACUUGGGACCAGGCUAGUGUGUGUCAGCCAGUGGAGGCUGCUGAGGGGAGAACGGCUCAUAAUAAUGGCCUGAAGGGAGCAAAUGGAAUGGCAUCAAACACCUGGAAACCAUGUGUUUGAGGUAUUUGAUACCAUUCCACUGAUUCCGCUCCAGCCGUUACCACGAGCCCGUCCUCCCCAAUUAAGGUGCCACCAACCUCCUGUGGUGUCAGCCACAGAGAUACAUCUAUAUUGUACUAUGCCAUUCAUUUCAUUUCUAUUGAAUUCUAUGGUGUCAGCUACAUUUCACACACAGACACACAGCAGCAGCCACAUUGAGGGGGAACAGCACAGUAACACCAUGCAAACGGAAAGAGAUAUCAAUAUCUGAACUGUGACAUGCUGUACACAACAGAUACACCACACUUUGAAAGUAAAAGCAUCAAGAAAGAAAGAAACCCCACAAUGAGCCCUAGGGAAUAAGCACUUGAUGAAACGUUUUUUAAAGAAACGUUUCCACUGGGCACACUGGUUGAAUCAAUGUUGUUUCCACAUCAUUUCAAUUAAAUUACGUUGAAUCAAUGUGGAAAAGACGUUGAAUUGACGUCUGUGCCCAUUGGCUUAUGUGUGUUUGUGUGUGCGUGUGUGUGAGAGAGAGUGAGAGAGAGAGAGAGUUUAAAGAUAACACCAAUAUGGUCUUCACCACAGUAGACUGACAUGGCAAUGUCGAUGUUUCGUUGACAAGCUCUUUGUUUUCCACUGUGCAGGAAUGAGACCAGCCUGUCGUCAGACCUGUACUGGCAGCAGCAGGGUGGGUGUCAGUGCAUGCCUGGGGUCUCAGAGGUGGCCGACUCCAAAGAGGAGGAGGUCCAGAGAGAUCCCAGGGCAGGUUCCUACCCUCUGUUGGAGGAGGCCCAGGUGGACCCUCGCAAGUAUUCCCACAGCAGCUCUGCCGAGCGCUUCCUGGACCACUCCCACUCCUCUCUGGUGCGGGCCUGUGGGGGCGGGGCUUAUGCUGAGCUGGACUGUGGCCACUCCUGUGACUACAAAGUGGGCUCCCCUUCCCAUCUGGAUAAGGUUCCGUGGAGGGACGGCAAGCCGCAGCACUACUCCGAGCCCAAGCUGAUCCUGGACCUGUCUCACUGGAAGAGGAAUAGCCAGCUCCCUGUGCCUGAGGGGCCUGAGCGUGGAGGGACCAGCGUGGAGGAGCUGCCUGUCGAGGAGCCACCUUGGGACCUAUUCCAGGAGAUCUCUCGCUGGGUGGAGAGCACACAGUCUCGCCUGUCCUCCGCCAGCCCACCCCAGGAACCCCUGUCCUCCGCCAGCCCACCCCAGGAACCCCUGUCCUCCGCCAGCCCACCCCAGGAACCCCUGUCCUCCGCCAGCCCACCCCAGGAACCCCUGUCCUCUGCCAGCCCACCCCAGGAAACCCUGUCCUCAGGCAGCCCACCCCAGGAACCCCUGUCCUCCGCCAGCCCACCCCAGGAACCGCUGUCCUCCACCAGCCCACCCCAGGAACCCCUGUCCUACCCCAGCUCACCCCAGGAACCCCUGUCCUACCCCAGCCCACCACAGGAACCCCUGUCGUACCCCAGCUCACCCCAGGAACCCCUGUCCUACCCCAGCCCACCCCAGGAACCCCUGUCGUACCCCAGCCCACCCAAGAAACCCCUGUCCUACCACAGCUCACCCCCGCUGCCCCCAUUUCCCACCUCCCUCCCUGCCCCACUCUUUCCCAGCUGUUCGCCGGUCGUACAGCCGUCACCUGGACUGGACAAGGACCACACACUCAGCCCGCCUGCCACGUCCCACUCCCCUGCCUCCCUGUUGCCCAUUUCUCCCUUGUCUCCUCCCGUUCCUUCAUCGAUUCAUGAGCCCCCACAGACUCUUCCCUCCAGGGGGCAAAGGGGACCGUUUGACCUAGAUGUGUUCAUCUCUCGAGCGCUGAAGCUGUGUGGUCAGAGUGAGGACCUGGGGGGAAGCACGGACGGGGCCAAACGGGCCAACAUCAAGAGGGUACCUAGACUCCCGGAGCACCGGCCACCCCCACCUCAGACUCCCAACUCCUAA